AUGCCGGAGAUUGGGAGUCUCAGAGCACUUGCCAACGGCGAGAGCCAGUUUGUUGGCAGCUCCUCUGGUGUCUACUUUAUCAACACCGUGAGACGAGCAUUUUCCGCACAAACCAGCGCAACAGCAGACGCCAACCAGCGGACCAAUGACGUGGGCGCAGAACUUCGCGAUGAUCCAUCACCAGAAGAUUGUAUUGUCGGGGCCGGAGGAGAUGAUGAGACCGAGCCAGACGAGAAUGCGGACAACGCGGGCCACCAUGAAUCUCACCCACAGUCGCACGAUCACCUCUCCCCAUUUUCUACCGGUUCCGACUUCAUCAAUGAUAUGAGCAAACUACCAGACUAUUCAACCGCCAGGACGCUCGUGAUGACAUACUUCAGAAUUUGGCACCCCUUAGUUCCUUUCUUGCAAGGCCCCGAAUGCCUCGCCGAGUUGGACGCUCUGUACGCCGCUACCGAGCAUGACCGACGCAAUGUUGCGUCUCUCAGCCGUCUAGUCAUCUUCAGGUGCAUCUUCAACAUUGCGAGACUCGAUAGCGACGUCGCAGUGGACAUAGGAUCUGCAGGGAUCCGAUCAAGCUCCGAUCUACUACCCACCCUGAGCCUCUUGGCUCUACGGAGCGAUGCCUGUUCCAUCCAGGCGCUUCUUAGCGCUCAAGUGUAUUUUAUAUCCGUCAUGUCUCUUCGACAUGCGUCGUCCGUCGGUGGUCUUAUUUCAAAGUCCAUAUUCCAGUCCGGCAUGCAUCGCUGCCCCGUUCGAUAUGGCCACCUAUCUCCAGAUGAACGAUCCAUGCGCAAGCGCAUUUUCUGGAGCUUUUAUGUUCUAGAUCGAUUCGUGAGCCAGUCUCUGGGCCACCCUAGCGGCAUUCAAGACUCAGAUAUCGAUGUAUGCCCUCCAGGGCAUAGGGAUCUUCACGAACCUGUCGCGCAAUCCGCACUUUCUCCCGCAAGUGCUGCAGCAGACAACACGAUACUACAUCUUCCAGCCAACCACCCCGAAAGAUGUGCGAAAUCCCGAGACAAAGGAGAGUACGAUUCAGAUUCAUCAACAGAAGUGGAAGAAGGGGACCAAAACGCGGCUGUAAAUAGCGAAGCAAACGCCAGUACAGCCAAAGCUGCCGCCAUUCUUCGACACCGUCAAGAGACACAGAACGUUCUUCAAAACCAUGUAAGACAUUCGCAGCUGGUUGGACGAGUCCUAGAUGUAUUUCAUAGGUCCAUACAUGCUCGGGACAUGAACAACCAGACGAUCCUUUUCCUCAAGGCCGACGUUGCUGCCUGGGGCAACGACCUCACAGAACCACGACCCGGUCCAACCCUCAUGAACAUUCCAGAGCUCACUCCAGAUCCAACCGUCUUCCCAUACAUCACCUAUCAUUACACUGUCCUUCUACUCAACAGACCGUCGCUGUCAUUGGACUCAAGAUGUGCCGAGUUUCGUGCGGCACUACAAACAUGCAUCAGUGCCGCUAAGGCUAUUGUACCAACUGUCGAGCAGUAUCACCAGACCGGAGGACCGUUAUUUUGGCCCGGCUACAUGUCUGCCGUCUGGAUGAGCGGUCUCGUGCUGGCGCUUGCAGCUCGUGUGAAGUCAUACAGUCUCUCUAGAGCUAAGUCCGAUAUUCGUACCGUUCUCAAGUUACUGACGGUCAUGGAAAACCGAUGGCGUAUGGCUAAGGACUGCAAAGGAGUUUUAUCUGUGCUGCUGGACAACAUUGAUCACAGAUCCAAGGGGCAUAAGAGAACCCGCACCGAAGGGGAUGAGACACCGAGCCCAAUUCCGACUAAUAGUGAUGGAAGUCCACGGACAACAAAACGGCAAAUGACACAAGCCCCAUCUGCGGGACUUCGUGGACGUCUAGAUCGGGCUCAUAGGCGAUCUUCUCGAUCCUCACAUGCGAUCGCACAGAACAGAUCAAGGACACCAUUGCCCCAUUCCGCCCAGCGAAGCGUCAGAUUUCACGACAACCGAAGCGACAACUUCUACUACAACAUGGAAACCACCCCGCAACAUAUUACCAGCUCACACCAACAAAUGACCACAUUUUCCCCAGGGUUUAGCACGGGGGAGCCGACCCUCUUUGGAAAUUCCCAGGAUAUGAGUUUUCAGAACAAUGCCUCUAACAUGAGCACAUAUUUCUCACAAAUUCCCACGACAUUUCCAGAUCGACAGAGAACCGCCCAGGGCCAAAUGGAUCAGUAUGGUAACACUGAUAACUUUUUCGACAUGUUCGACGGAGCAACAUGGGGAUCUCUUAUAGAUAUUGUAAAUGAUGCCGGAACUGGGAUGUAA